ACUACAGAACAGAUACACUAUUUACAUGUUUUCUUCUCUUUUUUCUAGGCUCAGUAGCAUCUUUCAUAGUACAAUAUGUGAAAAUUAAUUGGGACCUUUUCGGAGAACUGGCUUUAGGGAUCUUCUCUACAAUAGAUGCUGUUUCUCUGCUUCUCAUGCACUUUACUACCAACAUCUGGGCAUGUUACGCUGGCUAUCUCAUUUUCAAAGCAUGCUAUAUGCUCCUCAUAACAAUAGCAACGUUCCAGAUCGCAGUCAAUCUGAGCAUGGAACGCUAUGCCUUGAUGUUUGGAUUCAACAACUUCAUUGCACUGGUGAUUCAGACCAUUCUUACAGUAGUUAUUGUAGAUUCAAGAGGCCUGGGACUGGACAUAGUGACUCAGUUUUUAAUUUAUGGCAGCUACUUUGCAGUCAUAAGUGGAAUUUUCUUGAUCAGAAGCAUUUGCAUGCUUGUCUCAAGCAAAUGCUAA